CAGAACACCAGCUCAGUAACUGUGCCAGAAACACUGUUGUUUGUUUCAACCCUUGAUGGAAGUUUGCAUGCUGUCAGCAAGAGGACGGGAGCAAUCAAGUGGACUUUAAAAGAAGAUCCUGUACUCCAGGUGCCGAUACACGUGGAAGAGCCAGCAUUUCUUCCAGACCCAAAUGAUGGCAGUCUGUAUACGCUGGGCGGUAAGAAUAGUGAAGGCUUGACCAAACUUCCAUUUACUAUCCCAGAGCUGGUGCAGGCAUCUCCCUGUCGCAGUUCAGAUGGGAUCCUGUACAUGGGUAAAAAGCAGGAUAUUUGGUACGUGAUUGACCUCAUGACUGGGGAGAAACAGCAAACCUUGACUUCCUCAUUUGCAGAAAGUCUUUGCCCAUCAACAUCCCUCCUGUACCUUGGGAGAACAGAGUACACGAUCACGAUGUAUGACACCAAGAAGAAGGAGCUGCGAUGGAACGCCACCUACUUUGAUUAUGCAGCUACUCUCCCUGAUGAAGACAUAAAAUACAAAAUGUCCCACUUCGUGUCUAACGGAGAUGGCCUGGUGGUGACCGUAGACAGCGAGUCUGGGGAUGUGCUGUGGAUUCAGAAUUACGCUUCUCCUGUGGUAGCUUUUUACAUCUGGCAGCGUGAAGGAUUGCGGAAAGUUAUGCACACUAACGUGGGGAUAGAAACUCUGCGAUACUUGACGUUCAUGUCUGGGGAGGUUGGACACAUUACCAAGUGGAAAUACCCUUUCCCAAAGGAAACGGAGACCAAGAGCAAACUGACACCAACUCUGUAUGUAGGAAAAUACUCCACGAGUUUGUACGCGUCGCCAUCGAUGGUGCACGAGGGAGUAACUGUUGUGCCCCGCGGCAGUGCCAUACCCUUACUAGAGGGUCCGAAAACAGAAGGAGUCACGAUCGAAGACAACGGCGAGUGUGUUAUCACCCCCAGCACGGAUGUCAAGUUUUCGGGCAGGCUGAAAGAAAAGACCAGGCUCAACUACUGGAACGACUGGCUCCUGAUAGGGCACCAUGAAACACCAUUAUCUGCCCCCACAAAGAUCCUGGAGAAAUUUCCAAGCAAUUUACCAAAGAGGCCUGAAAACGUGAUUCCGGCUGACUCUGAUAAAGCCACUAUUGAAGAGGUUAUUGACAUCGUUGAAGGCUCCUCAACGGAAGUGCCUCCUGCUGUUCCAAAGGAUGUUGAGGAGAAACCUGCGCGGCCUGUCCCUCGGCCGGAGGCUCCUGUGGACUCCAUGUUGAAAGACAUGGCCACAAUCAUUCUCAGCACUUUCCUGCUUGUGGGCUGGGUGGCUUUUAUCAUCACUUACCCAAUGAGUGUACAUCAGCAGCAACAGCGGCAGCAUCAGCUGGAGGAGAAGAUACAGCUCCUGCAGCAACAGAAGUUGCCCUUUCAUGCUCCCAGUGAUCCACCCCCAGAAGCAGAUUUCUUGGACACCUCCUGUGGACGGACAGAGAGCUCAGCUGCCAGCACACCAAAUAUGUCCCCCAGAGCGUCAAACCAUUCUGCAUAUUCCAGCAUCUCCACAUCUGAUGUUGGCAGCUGCCUCUCCACUGAGCAAGAAGAGGGAGAUGAAGCAGCAAACAGAGUGAUGGUUGGCAAGAUUUCGUUUAACCCAAAAGAUGUGUUGGGACACGGAGCUGAAGGGACAAUUGUUUACAGGGGGACAUUUGAUAACCGGGAUGUUGCAGUGAAAAGAAUUCUUCCCGAGUGCUUCAGCUUUGCGGACCGUGAAGUACAGUUGCUGCGAGAGUCAGACGAGCACCCUAACGUGAUCCGCUAUUUCUGCACGGAGAAGGACCGGCAGUUCCAGUACAUCGCCAUCGAGCUCUGUGCUGCCACUUUACAGGAGUAUGUCGAGCAGAAGGCCUUCAGUCACCACGGCCUGCAGCCCAUCGCUCUCCUGCAACAGACGACAUCCGGGCUUGCCUACCUGCACUCCCUUAGUAUCGUCCACAGGGACCUGAAGCCCCAUAACAUCCUCAUCUCGAUGCCGAACGCCCACGGGAAAGUCAAAGCCAUGAUUUCAGACUUCGGCCUGUGCAAGAAGCUGGCAGUGGGCAGGCACAGCUUUAGCCGUCGGUCGGGUGUGCCAGGCACCGAGGGGUGGAUCGCCCCUGAGAUGCUGAGUGAGGACUGCAAAGAGAACCCUACAUAUACCGUGGACAUCUUUUCAGCUGGCUGUGUCUUUUAUUAUGUGGUAUCUGAAGGCAGCCAUCCCUUUGGCAAAUCCCUACAGCGGCAAGCCAACAUUCUGCUGGGUGCAUACAGCCUGGAGUCUUUAAAUGCAGGGAGGCAUGACACUGUUGCUCGUGAUUUAAUAGAGCAGAUGAUAAACAUGGACCCUCAGAAACGUCCAUCUGCCAGCUGUGUGCUGAAACACCCAUUCUUUUGGAGUUUGGAAAAACAGCUCCAGUUUUUUCAGGAUGUUAGUGACCGGAUAGAGAAAGAAUCUUUAGAUGGUCCAAUUGUCAAGCAACUAGAAAGAGGCGGAAGAGAGGUGGUGAAAAUGGACUGGAGAGAGCACAUCACUGUUCCUCUUCAGACAGAUCUUCGAAAAUUCAGAUCGUAUAAAGGAGGCUCAGUCCGGGAUCUUCUGAGGGCAAUGAGAAAUAAGAAGCACCAUUACAGGGAGCUGCCUCCCGAAGUGCAGGAGACCCUGGGCUCCAUCCCAGAUGAUUUCGUACGUUACUUUACAGCUCGUUUCCCUCGUCUGCUCCUUCAUACCUACAACGCUAUGCGCAUCUGCUGCCGAGAAAGACUGUUUCAGCAUUACUAUCAUCAGGACUCUGCAGAGCUGAGCCUUGCAGGAGACACUGCUUGA